GCAUUUAAAUUAAGGUUCUUUGCUUUGUGCUUUGGGAUUUUCUACUUUAUAUUUUAUAUUUUAUAUUUUAUAUUUUAUAUUUUAUAUUCUGUAGGUGUAUUUUUGUAUAUUGGAUUUCGGACUUUAGAUUUUAACCUUGGUGGUUUGAUACGAAAAUACAGAAAGAGGGAUAUUUUGUCCUUGUUACCUACAACUAGUAGAUACAAUGACCCCAACAUCAAUAGUAGGGAGUACAGGCCUUGUCGUACGUAUUCUUCUCACUCACUCACUCACUCACCUCCUUCAUCAUCACAAUAUCUAACCCCCAAAAAACAGGGCUCCCAUAUCCUCAACACCUUGCUCUCCCACCCCUCCAUCUCAACCAUCCAUUCCCUCUCUCGUCGCAGCCCACAAGAACCCGCCGCGACCUCCCCCAAACUCUCCCCGCUCAUCUCCGAAGACACAAAAACCUGGUCGUUACUCCUCUCCUCCACCAAACCCCCUCCCACAAUCUUCUUCUCCGCCCUCGGAACAACAAAAGCCCAAGCAGGUAGUAUUGAAGCCCAGCGCAAGAUCGACCUAGAAUUAAAUUUAGAACUUGCACGAACAUUCGCCAACCUUAACACCGAUUCCCAAUCCGAUGAAACCACCAACGCGCCGAAAUCUAAAAUCUACGUCCUAAUCUCCACCCAUGGCGCCAAUAGCAGCUCUCGAAUCCCGUACUCAAAAAUGAAAGGGGAGUUAGAGGAUGGGGUUAUGGAACUCAAGGAUUCGUUUAAACAUGUGGUUAUUUUGAGACCGGGGUUGAUAGUGGGAGAGAGGAGUGAUUCGAGACCGGCGGAGUUUGCGUUGAGGAAGGUGGCGGGGUGGGUGGGAUGGUUGGGGGUGAUGGGUGUAAGGAUUUUGGGCGCAGGAUGCGAGGGUUGUGCGAGGGCUGCUGUGAAUGCGGGGUUGAGGGCGCAGGAGGGAAAGAUGUGGAUGGGGGUUAUUCCGAAGGUGUGGGUUUUGGGACAGGCGGAUAUUGUUAGGUUGGGGAGGGAGGAGUGGAAGGGCGAGUGAGGGGUGGGUUUGUUGAUUUAGGGAUGGGGUGGUUAGGAUUGUGGGGUUUUCAAAAUUGAGUGGAUGGAUUGAUGGUUGGAGUUUUGAAUUUGGUGUCAUACUAGAUAGCUAUGGGUGUGAUAUUAUUAGGUUUAGGGUGUGAGGAAUGUU